UGUUCGGUACAACAGGCAGCCCCAAAACCAGCUCUUUCUCGCGCACGGAUUAUAAAUGAGUGUAAAACAGAAAGAUAACUUUAUUAUCUAUGGGUAAGGCCAAGUCAUUUCUUUAUUAUCUAUAGUAAUAAUCCGCUGCGAUCGACGUUAUCACUGCCGCCGACGCCGUAUCACCGUUGUCGUUACGAACAAAAACCAUUAACUAUUCUUUUUUGUAUUCCGACAUUAAAUUUUUAAAUCGUAGACGAAAAUAUUAAGCAAAUCUAAGACUUAAAUGCCUUCAGCUUACAUAAUAACGGAUUCAUUAUUACAUCUCUACAGCCGUCCGUGUACAGCAAUAAACGAGUUACAUAUAUUUUACUUCAGAUUGAUGACCAUAGAAACGAUUUAUUACUCUAGAGUUAAGCAAACGUUAUCAACACUCCAACUACCUAUAUGAUAACCACUCUACAGUCCUUCCUAGUUUUUGUGACGAACGUGCUUUGGGUGUUGGUGGCAAGUGAUACUUUGACAAUUAAUGGUGAGGUCAGACAUCAAAAAAUGGUACAUGUGUACCUACUUGUACUUGUUAUACUAGGAAUUUUAGUAGUAUUGGGCGCAAUGAUUGCAUACCACGCAUUACUACGUGAACAGCAUUUUCAAAUUCAGGCAGCUGUAGCCAAUUUGGCAAGUAGCGAUAGUAAUUACCAGCGUUUUGAUUCAUCUGCCUCACAAUACCACAAAAACUCUGUCGUGAUUCUAGAAGAACAAAAGCCUCUGGUAAUCUACAAUAGGGUGCCAAAAACCGGAUCCACAAGUUUUGUCAAUGUGGCCUAUGAUCUGCAUUCUCAUAAUGCAUUUCGUGUCCUUCAUGUCAAUGUUACGGGCAACUCGCAUUUGCUUUCUAUUUACGAUCAGUUCCGGUUCGUUGAUAAUACUACACGUUGGAUGCGGCCUGCAUUUUAUCAUGGUCAUUUUGCAUAUAUUGAUUUUGAGAGAUAUGGGUACAAGAAGCCAUAUUAUGUUCAAUUGUUACGCAAACCUUUGGAGAGGUUGGUUUCAUACUAUUAUUUCCUACGGUAUGGUGAUGAUUAUAGACCACAUUUAGUGCGUAAAAAGCAUAUGGACUCAUCGACAACAUUUGAUGAGUGCGUUGAGCGAGGUGGGUCAGAUUGUCAAGCAAAUCUUCUGUGGUUACAAAUUCCUUUCCUGUGCGGUCAAUCAGCCGAUUGCUGGAUUCCAGGAAGUGAGUGGGCAUUACGACAAGCUAAACGGAAUGUUCUUGAAAAAUAUACUUUAGUUGGAGUCACAGAACAAAUGGGACAAUAUUUACAAAUGCUUGAACUUGUGAUUCCUGGUGGGAUGUUUCGCAAUGCUUCUGAACACUUCAAACACAGUUCUAAGUCACAUCUAAGAAAGACCGCUAAGAAAUAUCCUGUCUCUCGAAAGACCAUACAAAAAUUUCAUGAAUCUACAGUUUGGCAAAUGGAAAAUGAACUAUAUGCAUUUGUUGUCAGAGAGUUUGCUUUUGCAUAUGCCAAACAGUUUCCAAACGUCUCAUCAGGACUUUCUGGUACUAUGAAAAAACAUUUAAAAGUUAGUGACCUACCUCCACCUAGUUUCCGAUAUGAAAAAAUAUACCCAAAGCCAUCACAACAGAAAAAGAAAAAAAAUACUGCCCGUGUUUAACAAAUUUUAUUUUAUGAGCUUUUACAAAUGACUAUACACAGUAGUACCCAUGAUGAAAAUAAAGUACUACUUAUUACUAUUUUUUAAUGUAUUUAUAAUGUUAUGUAUAUGUCUAUUUUAAAUCUGUCUUGUAUAUUAUUAUUAAACUAUGUUUUCUACAUUUUUAUUGAUGCCAAAAGUUAUUAUUUAUAAUGAUUAAUUUGUUUUAAAUGUUAUCUGUUAAACGGUUGUAUUAUUUUUGUGUGUAUAUAAAUUUAACUUGACAUCAUGUAGUAUAGUCAAACAGUUAUUUUUAUACUAGUAGAGAAUAAUAGUUAUAGAACAACCAAUAUCGACUGAAUUUUUAAUAUUUAUUGUUUAUUUAUUUAUACUUUUUAUUAUUUACACUCAAUGUUCUUGAAGAGAAAUAAAAAUGGAGAUUUAGAUGUAA